UGUAUUCCAGAAAGCAGGUUAUGUGACAUAACCGGGUAUGUUUAAGAGUAAGUAAGCGGAUAACCUCAACUUUCGGUUCCAAAUACAGAGGUAACUUUCAGGGUAUGUUAGUAGUCAUAGCAACUCACUCUCUGAACUUAACCUGCUCCGGAGCAGGUUAUGUUCCAGAGUUAGUUUGUUUCAGAGAGGUGACGGAGCAUGGCGUGCCCCUUUGAAGACGAUCCAGUGGAUGUGGAAGCACAGAUAAUACGAAAUCUUUUCCGCCGUGAGAGGGUGAUACGACCACGUAUCGAUGUGUUUUCGUAUCCAAAUGAAUAUUUGCGGGAGCGUUACCGUUUUUCAAAAGAAUCGUUAAUUUAUUUAACGAAGAUUUUGAAACCAUACAUUGCAAACGUGACACAUCGCGGAUUAGCGCUUAACACGGAGCACAUUUUGUGCAUUGCCCUCCGCUUUUUUGCGACGGGGAGUUUUUUGUAUACAGUAGGCGAUGCAGAGCAUGUGGGAAAGGCAACUGUGUGUAGGGCUGUUCGUAGAGUAUGCAUUGCACUCAAACGGUUCCUUCACACUUUUGUACAGUUCCCUGGCCAUAAACCCCCGAGGGUCAUUAAAGAGGAAUUCCACAGAGUGGCGGGGUUCCCAAAUGCGAUUGGGUGCAUUGAUGGAACCCACAUUCCCAUUAAAGCUCCUUCAGUCAAUGAAGGAGACUAUGUUAAUAGGAAGUCGAUCCAUAGCAUCAAUGUGCAGGUAAUAUGUGAUGCAACCCACCUCAUCACUAAUGUUGAAGCCAAAUGGCCAGGGUCUGUACAUGAUGCCAGAAUGUUUAGGGAGUCAUCAUUGUGCCACAAAUUUCAACAGGGUAUGUUUUCUUCAAUGGUUACUUGCUGGGGGACAGAGGGUUGUCUGCCCUAUAUGAUGACACCCUACCCUGAACCUGAGCCUGGACCACAGGCACAAUUCAACCUGGCCCACAGCAGAACACGGGUCAAGGUGGAAAUGACCAUAGGCAUCCUGAAGGCAAGGUUUCAGUGCCUGCGUGGGCUCAGGGUCAGCCCAGAAAGGUCAUGUGACAUCAUAGCUGCUUGUGUUGUUCUUCACAACAUUGCCACACUGAGAGGUGAGAGGGCCCCCCUUUCACUUGAUGAAGAUGGCCAAGAGGAACCCCCAGUGAACCCAGUAGAACAAAGAGAUGGCAGGGUGGUACGAGACAUGAUUUGCCAAAAUCACUUUAAUUAAAACCAGUUAACAGUCAA